UUGCCAAAUUCGGUCCCAUUUAUAAGCUGCUAAUCAUGUUAGCAUAUUAGCAUAUUAGAGCUGGCAGUGGUCAUGUGACUAAUCUCAUCUUUAGCACUUUGCUGCUGUAGUUCACUGCUUAAUAGUGUAAUCCUAGCUGGACCUCUGCUUCUCUGUACCUGACCACACAGUGACUGUUUUCUGCCUUAUCUCACUACCCAUAAGGAAGUGAGCAUGGGUAAUCAGACACCUGUAGAGCAAGGCACUCCUCCCAGUAAGGGAGGGGCCUGAAGGAAGGCAUUCCCAGACUGGGUAGAGCAGUGAAGUCUGACAGCGUUUUCUCACACAGCAGCACACACAAGGUUUUGUUUUGUUUGUGAACCAAGACAGAUCGACGCAAAAGAAGAGUCUCAGCUUGGAAACAUUGUUCAAGUCACAGGUUUGGGAUUGUACACCAGCACAGCAGAGACUUGUGUCCUGCAGUUUUAUGGGAAAAUACCUCCCGACUCGCUGAACACUAGGAAAUGCUAUUGUGAAAGGCAGGUGAACGGUUUUCUCCUGCUGUCCCAGGGAGAUUACAGCAGGACAUGCUUCCAGCCACUGAACAGAUUGACUUCACUUGCAGCGUCAUGGGAAUCUCGCUCGCAAGGGGGAGACUUGGCUGUACCUCUGAAAACAAAGGCAGUAGACGUCUUUAUGUGAAAAUAGUAAAGUCCACCACAUGGAACCUGUGAGUGUGUCACUAAACAGGAUUACAGGAUAGUUUUUGUUAUUGGCACCCUCCAGGAGAAGGUAAGAGGAGCUGUGGAGUUUUGUCCACACAAAGCCCUUUUGUUCCCAGCCAACGCCAGAGGUGGAAUAGGAGCAGCUUGGCUAACUAGAGGUGGGGUGACAAACUUUUUGUGUGACAUUUUAAACGGACAGUUUGCUGGAGCGUCUACUUGUGCUGGUUUGCAUCUGCUCUUAGUUGGAGUAACAAAAAUGGACAGUGCAAGUAGUGACUUAUUUGAACAGGGCAAACAGCCCAGUCUCCGAGGUGUCUUGAGCAAUUUCUUCACGCGGGAUCGCUCUCCCUCUUCGGAUGUAGAGUGUGCUGUGCUGGUCUCAUUUAAAGAGCUUCCAGAUGGGGAGACGUAUGACGCUGAGGACAGUCAAUCUGUUAACGCUGAGAACAAACUCCAAAGGAGGAAGGAUUCGGCUCAGGGUGAUGUGACUGCUACCGGUCGUACAGUGCAAAAGGUCGAAUCAUCAAUCAGCGACUCUGGCGAGCAGGUUAAAGCAGCAGCUGAAGCCCCGCUUGACCCAGAUCUGGUCCAGGUCACUAGGGUGGAAACGCAUAGUGACAAUGAAAAUGAGGACGACAAAGCGGCUCAUGAGGCCAAGAAGUCUACUCUAUCGGAGGAGGACGGUAAAAAAGUAGACCAAGAGGACGGAGAUGCCACUGAAGCAGCGCUACAAGUGCCCAUGUUUAGAACACACAAACGUACAGAGAGAUCCCGCGUAGAGGCUAUGUUAUAUUCCAGCAGGUUUGCUGGCAGAAGUAUCUCUAAGACAGUUCAGCUUUCUUCACUUUCCAAACAGAGAACAGGCUACACUCCCAAGGAAAGUGCUCCCACAGUGUCUGAGAGUGCAGAACCAUUGGUUGCUGGAGAUGUGGGAACAGGUGAGAGUGAGGAGUAUGAUGGAAUAGAUUGCUCUGAACCAGUUCCCUCAAUAAUCUCUGGAAAUCAGUCUUUGGAAUCUGCAGACAGUGAUGCUAAUGUGGCUUCUCCUACAAAACAGACGGACGGUACACAAGAGGAAGAACCAGCUGAGCAAACGGUUGAACUUCGUUCCAGCCAGAUAUCCUCCUCUGUUCCCUCCAGCCCUGAGACUCAUAAAGCCUCGGUCCCAACAUCCUCUCCAGAGGAACAGUCAGACACUGGCUUUAAAAAACCCUUGUCGCCAUCUUCUCCAUCUAAAAAGACUAAAAGUGACAGCCAGGCAGUUUCUGGUCCAGAUGCUAAGCUAACAAAAACUCCUAAGACAAGCACAUCAUCGGCUUCGUCCACCUCAUCUCCAUCCAGAGGUGCAGAAAUCUCUUCACCACUGUCCUUUCAAAUGCCUGCUCUAUUCAGUGGUUUGCGGGUGCUGAAGAAAGGAGGGGCAGGGGAAGAUAGGGAGGUUGUGUCAGAGAUCAAGCAGAGGGAGAAGGAUUCUGAGCUGGCUCUGCUUAACCUCAAGAAGUCUGUGAACAAAGCCAAGCUCUUCCCUGAACAGAAGACAGGCUCUCCUAUGAAAAAGUACACUGAACCUAAAUCUAUUACAGAAACUAAAAGCACCAUAGUGGGACAACUCAGUCAUCUGCUUAAGCUGGACAAUGAUGACCCAAAAAACUCAGUCAAUGGGCAGGAGGGAGAUUCUUUAGGAAGCAAAAAAGAGUCUGCAGAAGGAGAAGUUGUUUCAGGAGCGAAAACUCCAGAAACUCCAGCUUCCACUCUUGAGAGAAAGACGACCUCAGACGUGGCCUACGAAACCUUCAAAAACCUCCUCGGGCCCAGGACCACCAAAAAGGAGAAGACAGAAGCUGUAGAUCUGGAGGCGGUGAAAAAGAAAAUAAAAAACGAUAAGGAAAACCUGAGGUCGAUAUUUGAGAGAACCACCAAAUCUCCUGGCAAGGAGGUCAAAAGUCCCAAAGAAGCUAUUACAGAAGUCACGUCUCCUACAGACAGUGAGGACCGGACUCCAGGGCGUCUUCAGGCUGUGUGGCCACCACCCAAACCCAAGGAUGAAGAAGAGAAAGUGGGGCUCAAGUACACCGAAGCAGAGCACCAGGCUGCCCUCUUGCAGUUGAAGAGAGAGUGCAAGGAAGAGCUGGAAAAGAUGCAUUCAGAGUUUGAGUUUAAGAUGUUCCAGCUGCGUGGUGAGCACGCGGUCUCCAUAUCACACCUGGAGGGAGUCAUUGCCAGUUUGGAAGGAGACAAGCCGUACAACGCAGGACGGGAACGCCGUGAGGUCCGCGAUGUUGCUGUGUUCACCGGAGAUGACCCCAUAACCAAGACCUGCCGCACUGUGGGUAUCCAGACGGACCGGGAGACGUUCAUUAAGAGCCCCGAGGGCGAUGGAGGCGGGCUCGCUCAAAGCCCCAGUCAGAACCUACCGAAAAAACUCAACUUGGACUCGAUCGGACUGAAUCUAAAGGCUGAAAUGGACCAAGGGCCUUCUGCACCGCCGCCGCCACCUCCUCCUCCUCUACCAGGUUUCUCAGGGCCACCAGUACCCCCUCCUCCUCCUCCUUUGCCGGGCAACACUGGAGCCCCGCCGCCACCCCCUCCACCACCUCCUCCUCCCCCUGGGGGUGGCCCACCGCCCCCACCUCCUCCACCACCUCCCCCUCCCGGCUUACCUGGCAGUGGCCCACCUCCUCCUCCCCCUCCUCCAGGAAUGGGCCCCCCGCCUCCUCCACCUAUGGGGGGAUUCGGUCUCGGCCAGAAAGCAGACAUGGCCCCACGGAAACCUGCCGUCGAGCCUGCGUGUCCCAUGAAGCCUCUGUACUGGACCCGGAUCCAGAUACAGGACAACAACAACAACACUUUAUGGUGUUCUCUGGAGGAGCCAAACAUCGUCAACGCCAAAGAGUUUGAGGACCUUUUUUCCAAAGCCACGCUGCAACCGAAGAAGAAGCCGCUGUCGGACACGUAUGAGAAGAAAGCCAAAACUAAGAAGAUUAUCAAGCUGCUGGACGGGAAGCGUUCCCAGGCAGUUGGCAUCCUGAUAUCAAGCCUGCAUCUGGAGAUGAAGGACAUUCAGCAAGCUGUUCUUAAUGUGGACAAUUCUGUGGUGGAUUUGGAGACAAUUGAGGCUUUAUAUGAAAACAGGGCCACCAGUGACGAGAUGGAAAAGAUAACGAGACAUUAUGAGACAUCCAAAGAAGACGAAGUGAAACUGCUGGACAAACCUGAACAGUUUCUCUAUGAACUCUCUCAAAUUCCGGACUUUGCGAGCCGAGCCCGAUGCAUCAUCUUCCAGUCGGUAUUCCUCGACACCGUCUCUUCUAUACGUCGCAAGGUGGAAAUCAUCUCCAACGUCAGCAAAGAGUUGCUUGAUUGCAACAGUUUGCGGGAUAUAAUAGGUCUCGUUCUGGCCUUUGGGAACUAUAUGAAUGGAGGGAACAGGACGAGAGGGCAGGCUGAUGGCUUUGGGCUGGAGAUCCUCCCCAAGCUAAAGGACGUCAAGAGCCGGGACAAUCGCAUGAACUUGGUGGAUUACGUGGUUUUAUACUACUUGCGUAAUUUUGAUGAGCAUGCUGGUACGGAAAAGAGUGUGUUCCCUCUGCCAGAGCCACAGAACGUCUUCCAGGCUUCUCAGGUUAAGUUUGAUGACCUCGCCAAAGACCUCCGAAAACUCAAGAAAGAUCUGACCGCGUGUGAGAAGGAUGUGCAGAAAGUCUGCGCUAACUCAUCAGAAGAACACCUGCAGCCUUUCAAGGACAAGAUGGAGGGAUUCGUCUGUGCUGCUCAAAAGGAGCAUUCUGCUGAAGAGGACCAACUUAAUGCAGCACAGAAGAGUUUCCAGGACGUGGUGAACUACUUUGGUGUUAAGCCAAAGUCCGGGGAGAAAGAAGUAGCUCCGAGUUACAUCUUUAUGCUUUGGUACGAAUUCUGCAACGAUUUCAAGAACACUUGGAUACGACAAAGCAAGAACAUCUCCAAGGAGAGGUUGAAGGAAGCCCAAGAAAACAUCAAGAAGAUCACAGCAGAGAAGAGAGUCGAAACCAAGAAGAUCAAUGCCAACAGUCUGAAGGAGAGGCUGCGACAGAAGGAAGCCAGCGUGUCCUUCAGCUGAGCAGAAUGAUAAGUGGCAGAGCAGAAGAAGCACGGACCGGCGGUGGUGCGCCAGGAAGGGUGCAGGGGCCCAUCCAUCCUGUAGUUACCACCUGCCUCAGCAGCACUGGACCCUACCCUCUGUUCACCGUACGGACCCACAAUAAAACAUGGUCAGACUUUUACUACUCCCACUACCGUAUCUGUGCCCCACUAACAGCACUGGACAUCCCCUCCCCUUCCCCUGUUCUCCACCGCCUUCGCUUCGAGGCUUUUUUGGCACAACCCCAGUUAGCGAAGACGAUUGGCCGCCGCAGCCGCAGCGAGGGGAGUCAUAAAGGCCAAAGGGUUGACCUCAUUCAUGCAGCAUGGCGUGACCCCUGAGUGCCCAGCUUGUGAAAGGUCUCCAGGGUUCAGCGGGAUGCACAGCAGAGCCAGCUGACACAUCCACAAACGUCCUUCUGGACCUCUUCCGAAGCACGAGAAACAGUUUCUUUUCCAAACUGUAUCAGAUGGCGUAUGUGUUAAAACGAUGCCCCAGCGCGGGCUGUGUUUCUUAGACGUUGUUGUCGACCUACAAACAGAUAUGGCUUUACUGCAAGUGUCUGCUGGGAAAGAAAAAAAAUCACUGUUGACAAAACAGAUCUCUCACUUGGAGCAGGGAGAAAGAACUUUCCUGUGUCUUUCGCUGUAGCGGGUAGCUUUUCAUUCACCACGGCUCAUUAAAACUCUUGUAAAUAUGUCAUGUAGUAGAACUGGCAGGGACUGUACAGCUUUGGGAAAUAUGAUAGAUUAUCUAUGCUGGGCUUUAAGUGCGGACGAAGACACGUCGUCUAGAAGUUGAGUGCGUGUUUAAAAGGGGCGGGGGGGCCUAUGUGUAAGAAUGUGAGGUUUUGCUGUACUGCACCAGACUGACCUCUCCUGGGUGACGGCCAGAGGAGAGCAGAAGCUGGCAACAAAUGUGGCCCGGAGCCUCGGCUCACACAAAAUUGGACUAAGAAAAAAUAAUAGUAAUAGUUUUGAAUGACACAACAGGUUUUGGGCUCACCUGCAGUUUUAAAGAGAACUUAUUAAUCCUUCAGUGAAUGCUGUACAUGACGUUGUCCCAACACAGUUUUAAGCUGCUUGCUUUAGCUGUAUGUUGCUGCACGUCGUUUUACCCCCCAUGCUGACCGCAUGCGUUGUUUUUGCAGCUGUCUUUCACUGUUUUGCACCUCCUUUUUCCUAUGCAAGAGUAACGUUUCCCGUUAGAAAAUGUAUAAAUUAUAUUUCUUCAUGAUGAAAUCUUAUUUUAUUUUUGAACAAAUAGAAAAAGUGUAAUAAAAUCAUGCUUUAUUUUCACUAAUGUAAGAUGUAGCUAUGCUCCUGUAUCACUAAAGAAAAUUGUAUUUAUGUAACAAAAUAAUUAUUUUAUGCCCCCCCCCCCCCCCCCCCCCCCCCCCCCCGCCAAAAAGAAAAAAAACCAGCUUUGUUUUGUAUAUUUUGAUUGGUAACUGAAUUGACUAAGAAGUUGCUUGAUAGGUCAGUUGAUUCAUGGGUAUUUUUUUUUUUUAUGUAUGUUGUAAAGAUUUCCAGCGUGCUCAUGGAAGUCUAGUGCUUUGCACAGAAUAAAGACAGAAAGUUUAAUGUUUAUAUUUUGGAGUAAUGAUGACUGUAUUUUGGGUACUGUGAACAUUUAAGAUGAUCACCUGGAGCCAUGCGAGAUGUUAUACCUCAGAUUUCAUCGUCACACUAUCCAUAAACUGCCCCUUCGAUCGAUUACUUGUUUUUACCCUCCAAAGUCUUUCACUUGUGCCAUUUAUUUUGUAUACAAAUCUAUAUAAGUCGAAACUUUAAAACUGCUAUAUUUUACUCCAGAGGAGUUGGAAAAACAAAACCAGAAACAUAAAAAAUAAAGAAAAUGAGCAGAUGCUGACCAAGGAA